CCGAACGUACCAUGCAUGCCACAUCGUGGAAGUCCGCGAUGUAGCUAUCAAUUAAAUGUAGUACGGUUUCACCUGUACGACGCUACUGUCAACCAACCCAAAGCCUGUCGAUCUAUUUAUUUACUUGAUACUCGGUAAAACGACUGAAUUAACUUAUAGAUUCGUGAUUGUGUCUUUUCUUCGACUGGCAAAACGUCAGUAGUUUAGACGAUCAUCACUUUUUUAACAGGUUGUUGGCAAAGUGAUACUAGGGGUGCUCGUCCUAUAUUAUUUCCGGAAUUGUGUAGAGAUACACGCGUCAGUGAGUUUUGUGCUCAGCGCGCGUCUGGUGGUCGGACGGGGCGCCACGUCGGACGUCAGACUCUCACUUCCAAACGGAAUUUAUCUCGGAAAAAUCCCUGAUUUCUACGACUUAAGUGCCUGUACCGGGCAAAUGGAAUUUGUCGAACAGUCUGUUUCGACUCUGGUAACUUUCAGGAGAGAUAACCUGCCGAAAUAGCAAAAGUUUAAGCGACCGACUGACAUCGGUCUGUGGAAUAUUAUUGGUUAAAAAGUGUUCUUGGUACCGGUAGAGAGCGACACGCCGUUGUUCGCGAGUGUGUAUCCCCGAGACAGAGGCCAAGUUUCCCCUUAGGAACCAACAUGGCAGACGGAGGCGGCAGUUUUCAAUCCUCAUCGUUUGCAGACAGAUUUCCGGCGACUAAGCGGCGCAAGAAAAAGGUCUUCCCGUACGAGGAGGUGGAUAAGGGCCAGCCAUGCCUGAGCUGCGGGGAUCGAUGCCUGGGCUUCACUCCACACAAGUGGAGGAGUACGUGCACGACGUGUGGCUGUCAGCGGGAUGACCACGACAUCAUCCACGACAACCUAGUGACGGUGCACGAGCGGCUGGGCGUGGACACCAAAGACCAGAACGAGCUCGUCCGCAGCAAAGAGCGGGCCCUGAGCCUGGGCUACUCGUGGGUGCCUCAGGGGCUUUCUCCGGCAAAGGUGGAAGACUUCAUGAAUUCCCUUCCCAACAACCAGGUGCCCCGGCUGCACACAGCCGGCCAGAAGUACCGGGACCGGCAGCUGAUCCUGCAGAUGCCCCGCCAGGACCUGGCGGAGGAGUUCUGCCGGCACAUCCUGGACGCCGCCUCCACUGAGUGCUUUUACCAGUUUGUAGAGCUGCGAGACGAGGUGGCCUUUGCCACUGGCCGGGUCAAGGACUACCUCAAGCAAGAUCAGGAGUGCUUCAAGUGCGGUGGUGAGAUCGAGGCUGGCGACAUGGGUGUCUAUGCCGACCUGCUGGAGGACGACUCGCUAUGCUGGCACCCGUUCUGCUUCACCUGCUACACCUGCGACGAACUACUGGUCGACUUAGCCUACUUCUGUAAAGACGGCCACAUCUUCUGUGAACGGCACUACGCGGAGCUGGUGCUGCCCCGGUGUAUCGCCUGCGAUGAGUUGAUCUUCUCCCAAGAGUACGUGCGUGCCAUGGACGGCUCCUUCCACCCCGGUCACUUCUGCUGCAACCACUGCGACAAGUCGCUGAGCGGUAUGAGCUACAUCCUACGGGAAAACAACCCCCACUGCAUCCCCUGCUACAACGACCUGUUUGCCAACACCUGCGCCGAAUGCAACCAGAAAAUUGGACACGACUCCAAGGACUUGUCCUUCAAGAAUCAGCACUACCAUGAGAGCUGCUUUGAGACUCGCUACACCUGCCACUUCUGCAAGGAGUCGCUGGCCGACAAGGCCUUUGGCAACUGGGACAACAAGAUGUGCUGCUCCACGUGCUAUGAGAAGCACCUGGCUAACAAGUGCCAGGCCUGCGGGGAGAUCCUCAAGCCUGGUGUGACGAGGCUCGGCUUCCAAGGCAAAGAGUGGCAUGACAAGUGCUUCCGCUGUAAGGUCUGCGACAAGCAGAUUGGCACGGGCAGCUUUGUACCCAAGGACUCAUCAGUCUACUGCACCAAAUGCUACGAGGACACCUUUGGUAUCAAGUGCACCGGCUGUGGACAGAUCAUCUCCAGCGGCGGUCUGUCCUACCAGAAGAAGCCCUGGCACCGGGACUGCUUCUGCUGUUCGGGCUGCUCCAAGUCGCUCUGGAACCAGCGCUUCACGCUGCGAGAUGAGAAGCGCUACUGCGCCGACUGCUACGGCGAGAAGUUUGCCCGCCGGUGCUCGGCCUGCCUGAAGCCCAUCGUCGUUGGCGGGGCAGCUUCAGGCGAUGCCACUUCUGGCCAAGGAAGCACGACAUAUGUCUGCUUUGAGGAUCGCAACUGGCACAACAGUUGCUUCAAAUGCCAGAAGUGCCAAGUGUCGCUGGUCAACGAGUGCUUUGUCAUGGACGGCCAGGACAUUGUCUGCCCCAACUGCGCCCAAGGCUGAUGGGAAAGACUGACACAGACAAACGAACCUGGAGGUUUACAUUUUGGCUGCAAUUUUCCUUAUUUUUUUAAUUUUUCUUCCCCAAGUUUGGGAUUGAAAGCCCUGCUCCUCAGAGUUUCUCCCAACCAAAACUCUAGAAUGUGUUUGGGAAAUGUACUAAUUAGAAAAAAACUAACCUUACAUGGACAAAUGUGUGGAACAGAAGAGCCGUGAAAGAUUGAAACUUUGCAACUUGCCACAAAUAGGCCACAACCAACCCUGUGUUGAAGUCCAAGCUGCACUACAUAGGAUACUAGACUAGAGCAAAUCAGUGGAAUGUGGUGGGGGGGUGAUGUCUAGUUGGAGCUAGAGCAGAACUUUUCUCAGAAUUGGUAAUCGUUGGUAAAAGCAAAGUGGUAUCUUUAAAUCCCCCCAUGUGGACACUCAGUGUUUGACAAUCCUGUACAUAGCCACUUUAAUGAAAGACUGAGAGAGUCUUAACUUCUCUCCAGAUGGCACCCUCUUGAGCACCAGUGGAUUAAUGGUGAAUUUGUGGACGUUCACCUGAUCUGAACUUUGGGAAAACGACAUUCGAUAUCCAUUCACUUGGCAGCUAUUUAUGGAAACUGAUGCUACACAGUUUCUUUGGUCAUUUAAUGCGUAAGAGAAAUUUAUGUGAGCAAUAGCCUUUGAGAUAGUUCUGGUGGUAUUAAAAAAAAAAUGGGGUCAUCUCAGCAGAGAUGUCGCACAUUAAAAUAAAUGUUCCAACAGGUUAGUUGGCCUCCGGUUUAAAUUUAGACUCAUUUGUGUGGCAGGCUGGUUUUAUCUUGUAAUCUUUUACCCAGGAUAUUUGACUUAAAGUUGAUUAGCUUGGCAGCUCUAAGAAAGUGCCCUGUGGGUUUGUUUGGUUUUUUUGUCAUGUUGAUUUUUCUCCCAGAUGAAAAGACUUGAAUAUGCAACGGAAUGAGAAUGCUGCUAAAGAAAGUAGUGUAAUUUAAUCUAAAUGAUAUUAAUAAUUGUUGGCUUUUCUACAUGUAUGUCAGAUCUACGCAACCCAUUCUGAGAACCACUCCAAGUUCGGCAAACAAUCAAGUGAUCAUAUGAAUGUAUUGAGUGAAAUGCUGUGGUUAAAACAAUGAACAAGAUAUUUAAAAUAUCUACUUCCUCACCCGUGUCUAAAUUCUGAAAUCUGCUGAACAAAAGAUAAAAAGACUUGUAUUUUGAAAAAAAAUGAAUGUAGCACUGAUCUGUAAUUUUUUGUGGACUGCUAAGGAAGUACUUUUAAAAUGUGCACAGGGUGGAAAGCCAGCACCAAUGUAAUUAAUGUGUUUUCCUAAAACAUUUUCAUUAGCGAUUGUUCCAUUUUACCAUAGACUAAUUGUACGUUUUUUUUAAUGUGGGAUUCAAAACUAUGUGCUCUUUUCCAGUUGUUGCUCGAAUUUGGUCUGUGGAAAUCCCUUGUUGGCAUUCAGUGAAGGACUUUUUUUCUGGUUUGUAUUUAUUGCCGCUCAGUGUUCCCAAAUGAACUUGUUAACAAGUAGUGUACAUAAUGUAGGGUAGGCCUGUAAUGUGUUUUAAUUAAAGAAACGUUUAUGCAACCUUUCUUUCAGUUAUGCAGGAACUCUACUUGUGAGGAUAUCAACCUCACUUUUGCUAGCGUUCCCUGGACAAUUCAAAUUGCACUUUAAAAGAAAGAAAAAUUCUCAAAAUUUGACUUUAAAAGAGUGUAGCAUGUCUGAAGUACUUCAAAAUCGUUCUUUAACCAAGUUUAAAUCUUGAAACACCAACCAUGUAUAAAAAUCCAGUACUUUAAGAUUUGAGAAAAACAUGAUUUGAAUGUUGCAAUCUCUCAUCAGAAAUGCGGAGUAUGUGGUAUUCAUAGGAAAUUAUUUCAUGAACAAGAACAAAAUCUAUCUAUCUGUCUAUCUUGUGGUGUCUUGUAUGAACAAGUGAUAAAGUCUGCAUAACAACUUAGAAAAGUGACUUCACGCCACACUAAAAAGUUUCAAUUGUUACCACUUUUACAGUACUUAAUUGAGGACUUCUUCCAAUUUUGUUAUUUCUGAGAUUUUGAUAAGUGAAUUAAGAGAAAACUGAUCAAGUUAAUUAUAAAUUGUUAUCAGAACCGUGAAAGGCACUUCUGCUGGUUUCGUUUACUCAACAAAGUAUAGCUUUCUUCCACAAAAGCGCAAAGAUAAAUGAUAAAUUAUGCAAAUUUCAUGAGCAAGAGGUCGUAUCAUUUGCAUAAUGUAUUAUUUUUGUUUAUAUGAGGAGUUUGUCAGAUAGAAAAUAUAAAGUGUUCCAUUUCACAGAAUUGCUUAGCCAUUUCUUCAAAACUGAGCAUGGUUGUCAACUAGAUGUAUCAUAAGCUGUAUUAUAUUGCCUGGUACCCACUUUUUGGUUUUGGUUUUGUUUUGUUUUAAAGAUAAGCCAGGUUUGCUUAACCAGUUUUAAAGCACUUCUGUGAAAUGGGUUGAAUGUUUAAUUUUUCUCUAUUUAACUAACAAGACACUUAAACAAGGCUGCCAGUGAUUCAACAGAAACAAAGAAAUUUGUUAAUUUGUUAGAAAAUCCUUUGAACUUAAAAACAUUUAUCUUUUAUUUUUUAGUUUUUUAAUGGAUUAUGUAAUUGACUGCUACUUUUUUGGCAGCUUGCAAAAGUGAUGUAGGCAAUAACAGUGUGCUUUAUAUUUAGUUUUUGCAAUUUUUGAAUUUGUUUCUGCUCUGAACGGUAAAGAUUUCCCCUCUGCAAUCAGCAGUCACCGGGUGGCCUACAGGGUUUGGCAAGAACAGGUAAAAUCUAAAAAAACCACAAAAGAAGUGUCACAAAAUAGAAUUGUCAUCAUUCACUGUUUGGUCGAGCUGAAUAUGAAACAAGUAUUGAAGAACGAAAUUACAUCAUUUCUGAUUUACCGCCAUGAACUUACGUCCUCUGAUUUGCCAAUCAAAAAAGGAAAAUCAGAUGGCAUAUGACAAGCGUUUUGCCAACCUCAUAUUAUCACUUUUUGGAAAGGGUAUUUCAGUCUUACCCACUACUUCUUUGUGAUUGUAAAAGACAAAGCUGGUGUCUUUAUUUUAUUGAGAGCAAUUCAGAUAUUAAAAUUCUUCAAUCUUUGACCGCAUCUUUACCGCACUAAAUUAGAUGUAUGUUUUUUGCCAUGUCAAGUUCUUUCAUACCCAAAUUGCAUAUAUUUGACACUAAAAAGAUUUUUAAUCUAUUCACUUCGGUUGCAGAAUUUUUAACAAGUUAACUUAUCUUUUAAAAUGUUACUUUUGAAGUAUAGGAUGCUAUUUUUGUUCCUUGCGUACAGAAUUAAUAUUACAAAGAAAAUAGAUAGCUAAGAAAAGACAUUGUCUGAAAUUUUCUCCCAUGGAAUGUGUCUUGAUGAAUAAGCAAAUAUGUAAAUUUUUGUGGUGAAUUAUGCAUGAGGUUUUUCCACGUAGAUGUAUUUCCUUUAUCUAGUACUGUAGCUUGGUCCUGCAAUUAUCAGUACUUUAGACAUCACUGAAAGAAAUUAGGCACAUUUUUAAAACUUGAAGAUGAGUGAUUUUGAAAUCGGUCAUGUUUACGUAAAACUCCUAGAUGCCAAAAUGUUCGUCUCAUUUAUCAAGUGAUAAAAAUGCACAGAUUUUUGGUAACGUCUGGUAUAUUGAGACGAGCAUUAAGUUGGCACUGUCAGAUGAACAAAGUGAAAUGACAGAUUUCUGCUGAAAAGUUUUUAUUGUUAUUAUCGGAUUAGUUUGAUAAUUUAGGUAAGGACUUUUUUGUGGACAGAAUAUUUUCCCUGGAUUUGGAAUUGCAAUAAAGAAUUGAGUGACAAUCACUA